UGAGUGCAAAGUCCGCUCAAAGUACCCUGGGAAAGUAACAAAGUAACCUGGGACUAAAACAGGACUAAAAACAAGAGCAAUGGGAGCUUUAGAAACAGAAGACCAACCUGCACCAGUCAGUCCACUUAAACCCAAAAAACUGAAGACCUCCAAGGACGUUCACUUCAGCGUCCUGCCCGAUAAGUAUGAGCCUCUGGAGGAAGAACGCGAUGAAGAGGAGGUGAUGGAGGACACAAAGGAGAGACUGAGGAGGAAGGAGGAGAAGAAACGAAAGAAAAAGAUCAGAUACAAGAAGUACAGGAAGAACAUGGGUAAAGCACUGCGGUUCAGCUGGCGCUGUCUAAUUGCUGGAUUACAGAGUUUGGUUCCCGUUUAUAUGGGACCGAUGGCUGCUGCAUCUUCUGUCGUCACCACAGCCAACACUGGACCCACAGCACGAUGAGGUUCAAUAACAGGAAAAACAAGACAUGGAUGCGCAAUAUUCACUACCAGUUUUGGAGCUAUUUUAAUGUGAACUUUUCUGUUUUUUUAAUAUAUCAAGUAUAUGAUUCUUAAUUUACAAUAUUUUGUAAAAUUGUUUAGUUGUUAUGUUGCUUUUGAAAGUGGUAACUUUUUCAAAGGUAAAAGUGACUGGAUGACUGGAGAACUGAAAUGAACCAGGAUUGAACUAUAUUUAACUACCUGUCUAUAUAUAGAGCAAUAUAGAGCUCCACAGUCCCACCUACUCUGAAGUCAGCUCCGGUUCCGGGAGUAAAUUUUCCAUUCAUUUUCCCCAUAGAAUUUUGAAAAAAAAAAUAAUAUUAAGAGUUCAAAGGCAUUUCGGAGGAUAACCAGCUAUGUGCUGACUAAUACCCAUAAAGCGUUUUUUUUUUU